CAUAAAAAAAGUCAACGUGAAUUAGCUCCAACUUCACGGAGGUGGCAUCAUGACGCUCAUGACAUCUUGAAAUUCUUUUGAAUCCAGCCUUACCAAACGCCAAAGCUUGAUCGCUUCCGUAAUAUUACUUUACGAACGCAUCAAUAAUAAAAACGGAGCAGAAAACGGUAUUUUGGAUUAGAAAAAAUGGCAAAAGUGGUCAACGUCAAGGAAAUUGUAAAGCAUAUCGCGAAUGGUACACUAAACAAUAACUUGUGUCGUAUAUGUCUGUUGCCUUUGAAGGACCUAAAUGAGGAUAUGUUUACAAAGAUUUGUAAGAAUGAUAAAGAAUACUGCAUUGCUGACGUAUUGGAAAAGAUCUGUGAUAUAAAGGUUUUCCCGGAGGAUAAAUACAAAAUAUGUUCAGAUUGUUUCAUAGCUGCAUCAUCUGCUUAUAAAUUUUAUUUACUGAGUAAACGGAGCGAAGAGAUACUUGAUUUUUAUAUUAAUUUAUUAGAGGAACAGAUAGAUCUUAUUGAAAUCUCUGAUAACAUAGAAUCUGACUCCCUUUGUAUUAAAUUGCCUGUAAUUAAUCCGGAAACUGAGAUAUUUGAUUAUAAUUUAACUGGUAUUUUAAAUACCAUAGAGCAUAAAGAACAAGAGGAGAGUAAUCUAGAAGAUAGUCAGAAUUUGUCUGAUAGUGAUGACAGUGAUAUUGUCAUAGUAGCUGAUGAAAAUGGUGAUCAGUCAUUCUUUAAAGAGCAAAAUGGUACAUUAGUUCCUGUAAAUGAUAUUGGAAAGAAACAAUUAAAUGAUGUACUGAAGAUUGUUUUUCCAGAAAGUGAUAAAGUAAGAAGGAGGAGACAUCGUAAUCCAAUGAGUUACAUAAAUUGCAGUCAAUGUCCUGUGAGGUAUAAAUUUGUUAGUAAACUAAAAGAACAUAUGAAAUUGGAACAUGACAUUGAUUUAUUUGUGUGUUCUAUAUGUAAACAACUAAAAGAAGAUGAGGAUGAGUUUAAGAAGCAUCUAGAAACGCAUACAGAUGUCCAUAAAUGUACAGAAUGCAAUAUGGCGUUUAAAACUAAAGAUGGAAUUAUCGCUCAUCAGAAAUGGCAUGAUACAAUUGAAGACAUGAAGGGAACGGAAGAGACACAUGUUUGUGAAGUGUGUGGUUUAGUGUUGAUGGACGAGGAACAGUUGAUAGAACAUAAUGAGAAGAAACAUAUGAAGAAAUUUACUUGUUAUUAUUGUGGCCGUAUGUAUAAGGGAGAGAAUAGUUUUGAAUUUCAUAUAAAAAAGCAUGAAAUGCAUAUGAAGGGUGAUGUUAAGAAACGUGCUAACACAAAUAUCAAAGAUAAUGCAAGGAAAAGGAAGUUUCCCUGCGCUACUUGUCAACGUGAUUUUGUAGACGAGCGCUCGUUAAUGUGGCAUCAACGUUUGCAUACUAAUGAAAGGCCGUACGUCUGUGAUGUGUGUGGGCGCGGGUUCGUGUCUCUUAACCGUCGCAACCAGCACGCGGUGUGCGCGCACACGGCGCCCGCGCGCCGCUGCCCGCUCUGCCCCGCGCUCUUCCAUCUGCGCUCCAUGGUCAAUACGCACGUCAAGAAGGUACAUUUAAAAGAUCACAAACGUCGCAACCGCAUCAGCAAGCACCAGAACGUGUUCUGGCGCACGCAGCCCGUGCCCAUACAGGAGCUCAGCGUCUCCAUCCAGAACGAGAUACUGGAACUGAAAGCGCACCAAGAUAAACUUACUACUGAAAAUGAUACCGAUAUAUACUAAU